CUCUAUAUAACCUAAGGUCAGGUGAUCCUCUACAUGUAUUGACACUAUGGCAGGCGGUCUGGUUAGGGGGAAGCUGAUCGCUGUGAUCGGGGAUGAGGACACCUGUACGGGCUUCCUCCUUGGCGGCGUUGGGGAGCUCAAUAAGAACCGCAAACCCAACUUUCUGGUGGUUGAGAAGGAAACGAGCGUGACCGAGAUAGAGGAGACGUUCCGGAGUUUUAUAGCCCGUGAUGACAUUGGUAUCAUCCUAAUUAACCAGUUCAUAGCUGAGAUGAUCCGACACGCUAUUGAUGCUCACAACCUCUCUAUUCCUGCGGUUCUGGAGAUCCCCUCUAAGGAGCAUCCAUAUGAUGCAAACAAGGACUCCAUAUUGCGCCGAGCCAAGGGCAUGUUUACUGCGGAGGAUCUGCGGUAAAUUUUCAGCUGCAUGACGUGCGCUGGACGGAGCAUUACAGCCUGGGAUUCCCUGUUGUUCAUUUGAUGUAUUACCCUGCUGGAUAUAUCAGUGCCUGGUGGUGAUAAAUCUCUGAUAUUUGGGGUUAAUAGUCAUCUCAGCACUAAAUCUAGUUAGUUCUAAAAUGUCACCUCAUUAAAUCUGACCAGGUAUAAAACGAUCAGCCGUAUUUAACAAUGUAUAAAAUCUAGUGACCAGGGUAUGUAGUUAACCCCCUCUGAUCUAAGCCUGGCAGUAUAUACAGUGCUUGGUAAUCUCUAUGUAACUGUAAUACCCUCUGAUCUAAGCCUGGCAGUAUAUACAGUGCUUGGUAAUCUCUAUGUAACCGUAAUACCCUCUGAAUACACAGAUUAUGUACGAGUGUCAGAGAGUUGUUACUUUACUUACCCUGCAUAAUUUAUUCAGUAUGAAAAUCUGUGUAAUAGCAAACUCAAGACCAGCUUUUAAACCUUAGGAUAUGAUUGUUUAAUGUAAAUGAUUAGAAAAUGUCAUGGCUGCAUAAUGCAUUUAAUCGUAGGAGUCAACAUAGGUUAUCUGUUAGUGGUAUCUGGGUGGUUUGUACAAAUGACCUUUAUUAAAAGUAAAUUCAUGAUGUGCAGAAGAGUGUUCUAUUAUUUUAUGUGAUAACUUGUAUAGGUGCUGUGUAUGAGCCAGGUGGGUACAAGGGGGAUUUUGUUUUCAUAAUCUAUUUCACCAUUGGGCCCCUGAAAGCUACUGGUUACUACAAUCUAUUAUUAAUUAGCCGUGCCCAGGCUUCUGUGCGUGUGACAUUCCAGGCCAGUCCUGUUCUGGUUCAGUGUGCCGUGUUAAGUUAUUUAAAGUAAUAUAUUGUACUAAAGUGUCCCUUGUAUUAUUGCUUGUUAAGUCGUGUGGUGCCCACCUUACUCCAGUUCUUACCUGUAUGUGAUGUAAUAUCCCUCUGUGCUUUUUUAUCAUUGAGCUGUCAGGGGGAAAUAAAGCUGAAGAUGUUAUCUGUC